AUGAUGAAUCAUACAACCUCGCUACAAAAGAGAGCAAGAGAUGAAUUUGAGUGGAAUCAUUUGAGUGAUGGGAAUAUGGAACCAAUCAUUGAAGAAGAGGAGCCAUCUGAUUUGCAAAUCAAGGAAAAUGAAUUUGCCGUGAACGUCCAGUUUCCAUUGUUUGCCUCGUCUUCAAACAAGAAACUGUCAUGUUCCGAAACUCUCUCCAAUCAUCGGCAUUUACUUUCCUUCUCUCCAAGUCAAGGACGUUAUCAAACAUCAGAGGAAGCCAUCCCAGCAAAAACAUUCAUGUCGACAGCUCUUGACGUUCAAGAUGCACAAGAAGCACAAGCAAGAGCUCAACACUCCUCCAGUCAACAUCAAGGAUCUGCAGUUGCAUCCAACCAAACGAAUUGUUUGUUUGCAAUUAAGGAAUUGAAAAGUUUGAGUCAAAUAGUCGCCAUGCAAUGUGUGAUUGGUGAGUUGGUGGUUUUAUUUGAAGAUUGGGAAGCAGUUAGCGAGAGAAAAGAUCACAAACCUUCACUUCUUUUGUACCAUAUUCAUGGUUUCUCUAAUGUUCGCUCGAUUAAUGAGAGAACCUCCAUAAUUAACAAAAUUGCUCUCCCUAAAAUUUCUACGUUUCAUAAAGCCAAUGAUACUUGUCAUGAGCAAGGACAUGAAAUGAUUGAAAAGGGAAGAGAUCUUACAAAGGACGAUAUUAUUUACUUUAACUUUCAUUGUGACUAUGGAAAGCGAGUGUACUUCUUUCAUCUCAGAAACGGAAAAGUACUAGUUCGAGGAGCCAAUCCGUUUAACGAACUUGGAUUAAUGGAUCGAAACGAUUUUGUUGAGCAUUGGACUAGUUUGCAUCUUUGUUACCAUGGAGAUUAUAUCACAAGCAUCAAAACAAACACUCACAACUCUGUGUUUGGAACACAGAAUGGAAAGUGGAUACUAUGCGGAAGGGAUGCCUAUUUGGUAUAUAAUCGAGUUGUUAAUGUGGACAGCGUCGCGUGGGAUUCAUUGACUGCUGAUCCUCAUGACCCUCCUUACAUUCUGGACAUUAGUAUUGAUGGUGAAUGCAUCCUAAAGAUGGAGCAAUUAUUUGCAGGUACAAUAAUUCUCACAAAGAGCGGAAAGAUUUACUCAACAAUCAGAGAUAGGCUUAAUAUUUUCACUGAAUUGAUCAACGAUGCAACCUCUCCUACCUGCUUAAUGGUUACGCAACUGUCACAAGACUCAGAGAAGGCUGGAGAUGUUGUGAAAUCGUCAAUUACGAGAGAGUGUUUCAAGAUUGAUUUACCUUUUACCGUGUCUGACGUUAUUGCAGUGGACAACGCCUUGUUGCUGAAACGAAAGGAGGAUUCCCAACUAUUCUUGUUGAAACGAUCUCAAUUAAUUGAUUUGGAAAUUGCGAACGUGAAGAAGAUCAUUUGCUCCACUGAUGAAUUUUUCAUCAUUUCCAAGAAUAACUGUUUAUAUUCCCUUUACAGCGCUGCAACGUUCCCAACCUUGAAACCCAUUGAGCUUCCUCGUGAAUUGAAGCAUCAAGCACCUGGUAACAAGCGAGCGAAACAAAUCAAGCUCUCAAAUACAACAGCACCAUCCAAUCAAAGACAAAAGAAGAAUGAGAUUCCAGAAGAAGUUGAACCUUCACAUAACCUUUGGGAAAAUUGUGCCACUCUUGACAUUAGAACUGUGAUUAACAUGACCCCCAAUUUCUCCAUUAUUGUCAUUGAGGAAGGUCACAAUGAAUUGGAGACUCAUUUUGUGAACUCCCUUACUGGAAGAACUUCUUCACUCUUGUACGACAUUGAAUUUAGUUUCUCUCAUUCUUCAACCCAUCAAUGA